AUGCAGGGUCUGAGCUCCCGGGCUCACGCGUUUUCGGUGGAGGCGCUGGUCGGGAAACCUUGCAAGAGGAUGAAAGUGUCAGAGGGACUCGAGUCAAAUUCAGCUGGAGACACCGUUAGUGAUACGAGCAUCGUUACCGGCCUAAGUGAGUAUCCUGUCAGCCAGAUGAAGAAAGUGGGUUCAACACCGAGGAGGCCGGAGGACAGUUCCUGCGAUCCGGAGAGACAAGCUGUCAGAUCAGGAGCUGAAGAGUCUGAGCCGGGCGGAGAGGAGAGUAAAGCGAAGGAGAGCGACUGCCGCCCGGAGAGGGAAGUCCGGGUGGAGCUGCAGGGCUCAGAGCUGUGGAAGAGAUUUUAUGAGAUCGGCACGGAGAUGAUCAUCACUAAAGCCGGCAGGAGAAUGUUUCCCUCAGUGCGCGUCAAAGUGCGCAAUCUGGAGCCGUGCCAGCAGUAUUAUAUCGCAAUGGACGUCAUGCCGGUUGACUCCAAACGUUAUAGGUACGUGUACCACAGCUCGCAGUGGAUGGUGGCAGGGAACACGGACCACUCCUGCAUCUCUCCCAGACUGUACGUGCACCCGGACUCGCCGUGCGCAGGAGAGACGUGGAUGCGUCAGGUCAUCAGCUUUGACAGGAUCAAACUCACCAACAACGAGAUGGACGACAAGGGACAUAUUAUUCUUCAGUCGAUGCAUAAAUACAGGCCACGUGUGCACGUCAUCCGGCAUGACCCUCGUAUGGACUUGUCACAGAUCCAGUCUCUGCCUGCUGAGGGAGUGCACAGCUUCUCCUUCCCAGAAACCGAGUUCACCACCGUCACAGCCUAUCAGAAUCAACAGAUCACAAAACUGAAGAUCGACAGGAACCCGUUCGCCAAAGGCUUCAGAGAUCCAGGGAGAAAUAGAGGGGUAUUAGAUGGCCUGCUGGAGUCGUAUCCCUGGAGAGGCCCUCUCAGCUUGGACUUCAAGCCGUUUGCCAUACAGCUCCAAGGGAGCACGGGGUCGCCGACCGGCAGCGCCUCCCCUCUGAAGAGUCUCCUACCUCUCUCCUCUUCCUCAUCCCUUCACCCGUUCUCCCUCUCGACGCUCUCCUGCCAGGACGCCGCUCUCCACACUUUCGCUCUUCCUCUCUACGGGAAGGCCUCCGCCACCUCCCCGCUGCCCAGCAGAGCCUUCUCCUCGCUGGGAGCAGACAGACUGAGAGGCCUGCCCCCACUGUCUCCUUUAACAGACCUCCCGCUCCUCUCUGCACUCCAGGGGAAGAAACCUCCCCACUGCAGGGACCCAUGUCUUCACGGGUCUCCGGGGAGCUCCCCCUGCCUGAUCCCCCUCCACAGCCCCUUAAGUCCUCAGGGGCCUGCGUCCUCUCUCCUCCCUCAUCUCUCAGACACUGCCGGCCCUUACUGUCUAUACCGCUACAGCUUCCCCCUGAGCCCCCAACUCGCAGCCAUUUCCCGGCACGCCAAACUAGCCGAAGACACCACAGACUGUCUGCUGCGCCAGUCUCCAUGGCACCCAACCACCAACCACUGCCUCUGA